CCAUGUAAUGAAAAAGCACCGGGUGGGGUUGUGUAGCUUAGGACAAUGUUAUCAUCAUCUCCUCAACUCACUGCGCUUCCAAAGGGCUGCCAUCGACUCCUUUCUUCAACCGAUCCUCAGUAUCUCCACUGAAUCUCAGGCUCAAUUUGGAGAUGCUUCCUCAAACUCGAACUUUCACACCUCACCUACCGUCUCCACUUCUCCCCGCUCCCCAUUUCCACAAAACUUCACUCCUCGUCCCCAAAUCCCCCAAAAGAAACCAACUUUCCUGGUCAAAGAAGAGGAACCCAUGCCCCAGAUUCUCGAAUCGACCUCCGAAAUGCUCUGUCUCCGUGGUCUCGGAGCCGCCCCAAUCUGAAUUAGCUAACGAUGGCAGACCCUUCCCUGCCGAAGUUUCCAGAACGAUUAUGGAGUUGGGCUCCCUGGGCACUCUCUCCACAUUGACGCAGGACGGUUGGCCUUUAGGCAUUGGCGUUCGCUUUGUUGUUGAUCCCGAAGGCACUCCCGUUCUGUGCUUGAGUGACUCCGUUGCCAAAUUUUCCGUUGAUAACAAGUCCAGCUUACAUGUCCAGCUAGAGCAAUGUGGUUUGCGGACUCCGCAAUGCACAGUGCAAGGCAGCCUUGAGAAGCCCCAAGACUCAAAACUUUUGAAGAAGCUCUGUUCAGUAUGGAAAAGGCGGUAUGGAGAUGAAGUAGAUGAACACAGCUUAUAUGUCGUUUCGGUUGAACAGGUGCUCCAAAUUGAAGAUUUUGGGGAGGACGGUGUAUGGGUCACUUCUUCAGAUUAUAAGCUGGCUAACCCUGAUCCUCUCCGAGAUUUGGCUGAAAGAAUGAUUGGCGAGAUAAAUCUUCACAAUAAGGAAGAUGUUAUACGUUUUUGUAACGUCUAUGUGGAUUUGGAUUUCCGGGUGCCAGAUGCAAGGAUGCUCUGGGUUGACAGAUUAGGUUUCGAUGUCCGUUUUUGGUCUCCCCAAAAGGAUGUUUUUGAAGUUCGAAUCCCUUUUCCUAGAGAAGUAACCGAUGAGAAGGGUGCAAAAUCUUCUUUCAAUUGUAUGUCCCAACUCGCUUGGGAAGUGGAAAAGAAUUUCCAUGCACCAGAGCUCGAGAAGGUGAAGAAACUGAAAAAGAUAAUGUUCAAGGAGGGAUCUGAAAAAGUCGGCUUCUCUUGACAUUUCAGCGUUUAGAUCCAUCCCCCGAUCGAAUCCAUUCCACUCUGCAGUUGUUUGAUGUGGAUUGACCUUCAAUUUUGAGAUCCUGAUGGCAUUGCAAGUUUCAUGGGGCUUAGAGGUCAAUCAAUCAAUGUAAUUUCUACUAGAGAGCAGAUGAAUACUCAGUUGCAGCAGAAUGUAUGCAUGAGAGAGUUCAAAUGACAUUUUGACAAGUUUUUUGCAUUCAUGACAAAAAUGUUUCAGUUUUCUUGAGUAUAAUUGAGUUUGAUAAAUCA